AUGUCCAAAGUUCCGCUAACUCAAAAAGCGUUGGUUUUCGACGCCUUCAACGGGCCUCUUGAAAUUCGAGAAAUUCCAGUUGGUGUUCCAGAAGAUGACGAGAUUCUGGUGCGAAUCAGAUAUUCUGGAAUUUGUCAUUCGGAUUUGCACAUUUGGAUGGGAGAUUUGGAGGCGAUUUCGAAGUUGCCGAUUAUUGGAGGACAUGAAGGAUCGGGAGAAGUUGUGAGGAUUGGGAAGAGUGUGAAGAAUUGGGAGAUUGGAGAGAAGGCGGGCAUUAAGGUGAGCUUGAAAAUCCAGGUGGCUAAAUUUUUGAAUUCAAAAUCUUGGGGCCAAAAAUACACGUUGCAAAACCUGAGAAUUCAAAUUUUUAUUCCUGAAAUCCACGUGGCAAAUUUUUGAAAUUCAAUUUUUCGGAGGUUCGAUAAGUUCUAGAAAUCCUGUGGAAAAUCCGGAAGGUCCAAGAUCUCCUGGGGAAGCUUCUGGAGAGAGAUUCUAGAGGUCCUGAUGAAGGUUCAGGAGAAUUUUCCGAACUUCCGGUAGAUCCUGGAGCUCCUGAUGUGAAGAAAAUUCUGAAGCUGCCGAAGCUCUUAAAAAUCCCUGCACUGGAUAUCUGGAUCCUGAAAAUGGUUCUGAAGGGUGUUCGAAAAUUCAAAAUUCAAAUUUUCGUAUCAAAAAUCCACGUGGCCAAAUUUGAAAAGUCCAAAUUUUCACUGUUUCAAAAAAUUUAUUUGAAUUUUUGGAAAUGAAUUUCGAAGAUUGCAAGUCCGUGUGUUUGAAGAAAUUAAAAACUGAAUGUUUUGCGCCAAAAAUCCAUGUGGCAAAUUUUCGAGAUUUUUCACUGUUUCAAAAAAUGUAUUUGAAAUUUUGAAAAUGAAUUUCGUAGAUCACAUCCAAAGAUUCAGCGAAAAUUAAAAUUUCAAAUUUUUAUUCCAAAAAUCCACGUGGAAAAUUUUCACUGUUUCAAAAAAUUGAUAUAAAUUUUUGGAAAUGAAAUUCGAAGAUUUUUGGUCCAAAUAGUAAAUAGCGAAAAUUAAAAAAAAUCCACGUGGCAAAAUUUUCGAAAUUUUUCACUGUUUCAAAAAAUUUAUUUGAAAUUUUGAAAAUGAAAUUCGAAGAUCACAAUCCAAGAUUCAGAUGAAAUUAAAAUUUCAAAUUUUUAUGCCAAAAAUCCACGUGGAAAAAUUUUCACUGUUUCAAAAAAAUUAUAUUCAUUUUUGAAAAUGAAUUUCGAAGAUCAUUAGUGAAAAUAGUUAAUAGCGAAAAUUUAAAAAAUAAUCCACGUGGAAAAUUUUCAAAAUUUUUCACUGUUUCAAAAAACUUCAUAUAAAUUUUUGAAAAUGAAAUUCGAAUAUCGUUAGUCAAAAUAUUUAUUUAAUAGCGAAAAUUGAAAAAAAAAACCACGUGGAAAAAAUUUUGAAAUUUUUCACUGUUUCAAAAAAUUGAUAUAAAUUUUUGAAAAUGAAAUUCGAAGAUCUCAAGCCAAUUAAAAUUUUAACUUUUUAUGCCGAAAAUCCACGUGGGAAAAUUUUACGCUUAAAACACGUGGAAAAUUUUCGAAAAUUUUCACUGUUUCAAAAAAGUGAUAUAAAUUUUUGAAAAUUAAAUUUGAAGAUACCGAGUUCUCCCCAUGUCGAUAUCAAAAUUAAAUAAACCUGACAAAAUUUAAAAAUUCUUCAGAAUUCCCGCCAAAAAAUCUAAUAAUUUUCCAGCUAAUGAACUUCAAUUGCAACAACUGUGAAUACUGUAAAAAAGGUCACGAACCUCUUUGUCAUCACAUAAAAAGUUAUGGCGUGGAUUGUCCAGGAACUUAUCAAGAAUAUAUCACAAUUCGAGGAGUUGAUGCAACUAAAAUUGAUCCGGAAAUGGAUUUGGCAGAAGCUGCGCCGAUUUUAUGUGCUGGGGUUACGGUGUAUAAAGCGUUGAAGGUAGGGAAUUUUCUAGAGACCCUAAAUCCACAUUUUUCUUCCAGGAAUCCCAUGUUCUUCCCGGCCAAAUUGUUGUUUUAACUGGAGCUGGUGGCGGUUUGGGAAGUUUGGCGAUUCAAUAUGCAAAAGCUAUGGGAAUGAGAGUUGUGGCAAUUGAUCAUGAAAGUAAAAAGGAACAUUGUUUGGGAUUGGGAGCCGAAUGGUUUAUUGAUGCUUUUGGGACUAAGGAUAUUGUGGAGAGAGUUAGAGAGGUUGGUUUUUUUUGGAAAAAGAUAGUUCACGAAAAUUUUCUAAAACGUCAUUGAAAAUUUUCAAAUCUAAAAUUUCAUACAAUUUUUUUGAAACAGUGAAAAAUGUUUUCACAAUUUUUUUUCAAAUAAAAUCGUUCACGAAAAAUUUCUACAAACUAUUGAAGAAUCUUCGAAACUGAAACCUAAAAUUUUUUAUAAUUUUUUUGAAACAGUGAGAAAUUUUGAAACAUAUUUUUUGUUAGGAAUUUUAUUAAAGUUUUUUUUUGGAAAAAAAUCGUUCACGAAAAUUUUCCUGCCAAAGAACAAAUCAACUAUCUUCAAAUUUUAUUUCUAAAAUUUUAUAUGAUUUUUUCUGAAACAGUGAGAAAUAUUUUCACAAUUUUUUUUGGAAAAAAAAUAGUUCAUGAAAAUUUUCCUUCCCAAGUACGAAUCAAUUAUCUGAAAAAUCUGAGAUCUAAACGUUUAUAUAAUUUUUUUGAAACAGUGAGAAAUUUUCUAACAUAUUUUUUGUUAGGAAUUUUUCACAAGUUUUAUUUGAGAAAAAUAAUUCACAACGAUUUUCUCAGACUAUAUCACCUAUACACAUGGAAUCUUCAAAUUUAAUUUCUAAAAAUUUAUAUGAUUUUUUUGAAACAGUGGGAAAUUUUAAAAUUAAAAUUUAUUUUUAGCAACGUUUUCACAAGUUUUAUUUUGGAGAAAAAUAGUUCCCGAAAAUUUUCCUAAACGUACUUACAAUUAAUUAUUGAUUCAUCUUCAAAUCUGAAAACUAAAAUUUUAUAUGAUUUUUUUGAAACAGUGAGAAAUUUUAAAAUUAAAAUUUAUUUUUAGCAACGUUUUCACAAGUUUUUUUUGGAAAAAAUAGUUCAUAACGUUUUUUUCAGACGGAAACUUCAAAUUUAAUUUAUAAAAUUUUAUAUGCUUUUUUUGAAACAGUGAUGUUUUCACAAAUUUUUUUUCAAAAAAAAUAUCGUUCACGAAAAAUUUCCACAAACGGCCAUAUUCUCGCAGAAUCUUCAAAUUUUAUUUCUAAAAUUUUAUACAAUUUUUUUGAAACAGUGAGAAAUUUUCAAAUAGAUUUUUUGUUAGCGAUUUUUUCUUACAAGUUUUUUUUUUGAAAAAAAGUUCACAACGAUUUUCUCACACAAUUUCACUGAAUGGAAUCUUCAAAUUUGAUUUCUGAAAUUUUAUAUGCUUUUUUUGAAACAGUGAGAAAUUUUGAAACAUAUUUUUUGUUAGGAAUUUUAUUGAAAAGUUUUUUUUGAAAAAAAAUAGUUCACGGUAAUUUUACUGCCAAAGUAUGUACAGAUUAAAAAUCUUCAAAACCGAAAUCUAAAAUUGUAUAUAAUUCUUUUGAAACAGUGAGGAAUUUUUUCACAAGUUUUUAUUUUGAAAAAAUAGUUCACGAUAAUUUUCCUGGCUAAGAACAAGUCGAUCAUCUUUAAAUUUGAAAUCUAGAAAUUUAUAUUUUUUUUGAAACAGUGAGAAAUUUUUUCACAAGUUUUUUUUAAAGAAAAUAGUUCCCGAAAAUUUUCCCAAACACCGUUAUUUGAAAAUCUUCAAAUCUGGAAUCUAGAAUUUUAUAUAAUUUUUUUGAAACAGUGAAAAAUUUUGAAACUUAGAUUUUUUUUUUCAAGUUUUUUUUUGGAAAAAAAAAAUUCACGAAAAUUUUCCUAACCCAAAUUAUUGAUAAAUCUUCAAAACUGAAAUCUAAAAUUUUAUUAAUUUUUUUGAAACAGUGAAAAAUUUUAGAAUUAAAAUUUAUUUUUAGCGACAUUUUCACAAUUUUUUUGAAAAAAAUAGUUCCCGACGAUUUUCUCAGACGGAAUCUUCAAAUUUAAUAAAAUUCAAAUUUAAAAUAAAAUUUUAUAUGCUUUUUUUGAAACAGUGAGAAAUGUUUUCACAUUUUUUUUUGAAAUAAAAAUCGUUCACGAAAAAUCUCUACAAAUUAUUGAAAAAUCUUCAAAUCUGAAAUCUAGAAUUUUAUAUGAUUUUUUUGAAACAGUGAGAAAUUUUAAAAUUUAUUUUUAUUUUGAGCAACGUUUUCACAAUUUUUUUUGUAAAAAAAAUAGUUCACGAAAAUUUUCCCAAACCUUAUUAUUGGAAAAUCUUCAAAACUGAAAUCUAAAAUUUUAUAUAAUUUCUUUGAAACAGUGAGAAAUUUAAAAUUUAUUUUUAUUUUCAGCAACGUUUUCACAAUUUUUUUUGAAAAAAUAGUUCACGAUAAUUUUCCUUCCCAAGUACGAAUCAAUUAUCUUCAAAACUGGAAUCUAGAAUUUUUUAUAAAUUUUUUGAAACAGUGAAAAAUUUUCAAACAUAUUUUUUGUUAGGAAUUUUUUACAAGUUAAAAAAGUUCACAACGAUUUUCUCAGACUAUAUCACCUAUAUCACACAUGGAAUUUUCAAAUUUGAUUUCUAAAAUUUUAUGUGAUUUUUUUGAAUCAGUGAGAAAUUUUCAAACAGAUUUUUUGUUAGGAAUUUUAUUAAAAAGUUUUUUUUUUGAAAAAAUAGUUCACGAUAAUUCUCCUGCCAAAGUACAGAUUAAAAAUCUUCAAAUCUGAAAUCUAAAAUUUUAUACAAUUUUUUUGAAACAGUGAGAAAUUACGAGAAUUGAAAACUGAUUUUUUUUCUUGGAAAAUUCGGGAUUUUUCCGUGUAUUUCACAUAAUUAAGAAAUAUUUUUCGAAAUUUUCUCAUUUUAAAAAUUUUGAAUGAAUUACAUCAUUUUUCCAAGAAAAUUAGUAUUUUCUUGCGCUUUUUGAGAUUUCAAAAAUUUCAAAUUUGGGAGAAUCUCAACCGUAAUUUAUCUGUGAGUUGUAAUUCACAAAUGCUAUAAUGUUUUUUUGAAACAGUGAAAAUUAUUGACUCUCAAAAAUGUUCGAAAUUCAACGUUGAACAAGACAAUUUUGAACAUUUAUAUCUUGCACACAACACGAUAUUUCAAAACUGAUUUGAAAGUCUCAUAAUUAUUUUUGAAGUAGAACAUUUUCGUAUUUAUCAAUCAGUGAGUUCCAGUUUUGAAAAUGAUGUAUGAUUUUUUUGAAACAGUGAAAAAUUUUGAAAGAUUUUUCAGUUUUCUUCAAAAGCUGAACUUUUCAUUCGAAAAAACUGCACACAGAAAUGUUUGAGAUAUAUUUUCGAAAUUUUUUAAUGAUAUUUUGAAACAGUGAACAAUUCUGGAAGCUUGAAAAAUUUGAUUUUGAACUUUUUAAAAUUUCGAAAGUUGAAACUGUUAUAAUUGAUUUUUGAAACAGUAAAAAAUUUCUAAAACUCAAAAACUUUCAAGUUCAAGAAAAUUUUGGAUCCGCAAAGGUUCACAAAAUAAUCUUCGAAAAUUGAUUUCAAAAUUUUUAAAUCCAUUUUUUGAAACAGUGAAAAAUUGUGGAAGAUUUAUCUUCAAAAACUGACUUGAAACUUUUAAAUAUAAUUUUUUGAAACAGUGAGAAAUGUUUUCACAAGUUUUUUUUUUGAAAAAUAGUUCACAACGAUUUUCUCGGAGGAAAUCACCUUGUGGAAUCUUCAAAUCUGAUUUCUAAAAUUUCAUAUGCUUUUUUUGAAACAGUGAAAAAUUUCGUGAAUUAAAAAUUGAUUUUUUCCCGAAAAAUGGAACUUUUCCGAGUUCACAUGAAUAAUUUUCUUCUCUGUUUUUCAAAAAAAAAAAUCUUCUGGGAACUUUUUUUGAGGAAUGAAUUUUAGAUUUAUUCGAAGAAUAGUUCAUGUGAAUAAUUUUCAUCAUUUUUUGAAUUUGUGGAACGAUCGAUCUUCAAAAAAUGAUUUGAAAAUUUUAAAUCCAUUUUUUGAAACAGUGAAUUUUUCAGAAAUUUUGAAAAUUCAAAUUUUUCUCAACAAAAAAUCCCCAAUCUUUCCAGCUAACCAACGGCGGUCCACACGGUGUCAUAAACUUCGCCGUCGCCAAAAAAGCCAUGGAAAAUGCAGUGCAAUAUGUUCGCAAACGUGGUACCGUAGUCCUUGUCGCAAUUCCAAAAGAUUCAAAAAUCGAAAUCGAUACAACUCAUCUUAUUUUCAAUAUGAUCACAAUUAAAGGCUCAAUUGUUGGGUCUCGUUUGGAUGUUGAUGAAGCUAUGGAAUUUGUGAAACGGGGAAUUGUAAAGGUUCCGAUUGAACUUGUUAGAUUGCAAGAUGUUCGAGAGAUUUAUCAGAAAAUGUUGGAGGGGAAGAUCAGUAGUCGAGCUGUUGUAGAUUUUUCAUUGAUUUGA